AUGGAAAGGAAGGCAUUUUUGGACCAAGAACCUCCUCCUGGAUAUGUGGCCGGUUUAGGAAGAGGUGCUACAGGGUUUACCACUCAAGCAGAUGUUGGUACUGGAAGAAUUGUGCCUGCAAGUUUUAGCGAUGAAGAAUCCGAUGAUGAGGAUUUUGUAGAUGAUAGAUUCAAGGAUGCAGAUGAAACAGAAAAUGGGCUCAACGGUUUCAAAGAGAAAGACGAUAGCGACAAUGAGGCCGAUCAAGUCUUUGCUGAAAUUGAAGAGAGAUUGAAGCGAAGAAAUAAAAGGAAAAAUGAAGUUCAAGAGGAUGAGGAGCCUCUUGACGAAAUCAAAAAAAACUUUCAAGAGUUGAAAAAGAAUUUGACUUCUAUCUCUGAGGAAGAAUGGUUCAACUUACCGGAAUCUGGUGAUUUGACAAGAAAGAAUAAGAGGGCACGGUUAGAAGAGCAACAGCAACAGAGGUUUUAUGCGGUGCCAGAUUCUGUCAUUAAUGGGGUGGUAGCUGACACAAUGGAAACUUCCAAUUCGAUUGAUGUCACUAAAAUCUCUGUGGCAAAGGACAGGUUACUAGGGUUGAGGCUAGACGAACAAUUAGAUACCGAAGGGAAUGACGUCCAGGAGUACUUAGACUCUCUCAAGGAACAGGAAGAUUUUUCAGCCAAGUUUGGAGACAUAAAUAGAGCCAGAUUGAUAUUAAACUCAUUGAGGAAAACAGAACCACAUAGGGGUUCAAGCUGGAUUGCUUCUGCAAGAUUGGAAGAGCAAAGCAAAAACUUUUCCAAGGCUAAAGAGCUUAUCAUGCAAGGUUGCAAGAUGUGCCCUAGAGAUGAGAAUGUUUGGCUGGAACGAAUCAGACUUAAUAAAACUACUGAUACAACUCUUUGCAAAAUUAUUGUAACAGAAGGGCUGCAGUAUAAUGUAAAAAGUGUUAAGCUGUGGUUACAGGCAAUUGAUUUGGAAAAUGAAUCGUUUUCCAGAAAGAGAAUUCUUCGAAAGGCUUUAGAGAAUUUGCCUAGAAGCGUUCCACUGUGGAGAAGAAUGAUCGAAGAAGAAAGCUCCCAGGAAGAAAAACUUAAACUGUUAACAAAAGCCGUGGAACUAAUACCUGAUAAUUCUGAAUUAUGCGUCGAUUACAUUAGAAUGGAACAGAAACAUAAUCUUGAACGGGCAAAGCUAUUUUUAAAAGAUUCCUUGACUAAAAUUCCACAGUCUGUGGACCUUACCCUUCUAUCUUGCGAAAUAAAGGAGUAUGAGCAAAAUUCAGGGAAUGAGCCCACCAGUACGGAGAUACUAUCAAUUGUCUUCUUGGACGUUCUCCAGUCAUUGAAGAAUCAGGAUAAGAAAUUGACUUUCAAGGAAUGGUUGAAGUACUGUGAAGAGUACGAAAAGAAAGGAGAAUACAAGAAUUUGGUCAAAGUGAUUAUUGAAAAUACGGUUACGUUUGGGUUUGAAGACGUUCCAGAGCCAGAACUUGUUGCCACCGUGAAUAAGAUUGCCUACGAGUACGAAGGGACAGAGCUUGCCCGUCUUUCCAGUCUAAUUUAUUACGCAUUAACAGAAAAAUUCCCAUUCAACUCUUCCGCAUGGAAAAGUUUUAUCAACCAUGACAAGAGUGGAAUUGAGGAUAGAUUCGAAAAAUGCUUGGAUAAGAAUCCAACCUGGGUCGAGUUCUGGAUUUCCUAUAAUUCUACUCUGUUGAAAAAUGGCAACAUCGAGAAAGCAAGAGAUGUUUUAGAUCGUGCUACGAAGCACAAUCCUCGGGAUCCAAAGCUGAUUGUUAAAAGUAUUGAGUUUUGCUUUAAUGGACCCAACCGCACGGAGUCUUUGGAGUUGAUUGAAAAGGGAAUUGCAAAGUUUCCUGAACUUAAAAUUUUUUACGUUUACAAGAUCAAAAUCAGCGAUGCAUUAAAAAUUUCAUCUAACAAGUUACUUCAAGUAUGUGAUGAUGGCAUUUCAAAACACAGCAAAGCGGAAGAAAUGUACCUGUUAAAAAGUGAGAUUCUCAUCAAAGGGGGUGAUAUUGAUACAGCAAGAACUACUUUGGAGCAGGGUAUCACAAACUGUUCACAAUCACUUUCUCUUAGGUUAAAACUAUGUUUCUUGGAUGAAUUCAAAAUGAGAAUUAUCACGAGAGCUAGAACAGUUUUGGAACUUGCAGUCACAGAAAUCAAAUCUGAUCUCACCUGGUUCGAAUUGAUUCGCUUUGAGAAUAGAAACAGAUCAAAAGAAGACGCUCAGAUUGUCCUUAGUAAGGCGUUGCAAAAGCAUCCUAGUUCAGUUCUACUACUAAUCUUGAGAAUACAAUUUGAAGAACGGGCUUCCAAGAGAAGAAACCUAUACAUCGAGGCUUUGAAAAAAACUAAUGAAGAUAAACUGUUAGUUUCUGUGAUUGCUCACAAUCUAUGGAGAAGGGACGGUAAGCCAGAAAAAGCAUUCAAAUUUUUCAAACAGUCACUGGAAUCUUCAGUAGAAAAUGGAGACAUUCUGAGCAUAUAUUACAACUUCAUAAGGAAGAAUGGAUCCCCAGAACAAUUGCAAGAUUUCUGGACUACGGUCGAUAAAAUCGAUAAGGACCAACUGAAAAAAGGAUAUUACUGGAUUCAAGAGACUCAAGACUUGACACCCUGGAAGCAAACCGAGGAAAUGAUCGAAAAUACAGCCAGGAAGUUGGAUAACGACUUGAUAUAUGUUUAA